AUGGUGAAGAAGCGGGACGCUUUAAACCACACCUUUUGCGUCUUCUUCGUAACCCCGGCAUAUGCAUCGCAACUACUCGAUGAAAACAGUUUCCUCAGCGCCGCUAUCCGUCGGGCUUACCGUUGCCUUCUCGACAGAAAAGGUGUCGUUAUAGAGGCUCUGUGUGCCGUCGUGGACAAACUUCCCGUCAGCAGGGCCUUGGGGAACAAGGGCGUCCUCUCUGGCGAUGAGGCAUCGCAGUAUGGUAUCAAGCCACCUGUGGCAGGCACGGGUUUCGAGGGAAUGGCUUAUGUUCUCCUCACACCCCAUAGUUCGGUGUCGUCCGAAGAGCUUAGCCCAUCGGACAAUGGUGUCAUCGACUUCAUAACAGCCCAGCACAAUCUUGGAGACAGCACCCACCGCGACACGCUGCGGCUGCCACUCGCUAAUACUGUCUUCCAAACAGGCGCACCGACUACCAUGUUUCUUUCCCAAUGGCGGACCUUAGGUUGCGACCACGAGAUCGAACUAAUAUCCAAGACCAAUGUUUCCCAUCACGGCAUACGUUUGUCCGGACGAAUUAACCCUAGCGCACUAGCUACCGCCUUCAGCAUACCACUUAUCCCACUGACGACACCUCGUGUGGUCAAAGGAUGCAUGGGCAACAUCAUCCGUGAGGUUGUCGAUCCCGAUGGUCAAACAGUUCAGGCAUCCUCUGAGCUCGAAAGCGUCGUCCCCAGAUUCUUUAGAUCCAGAGGACAGCCAGCGCAGGCAACUGUCGCAUGGGCACUAGUACUUCCUGAACACCUGAGAGCAACCGCUUAUCAUAAAACACGCCAUCUUCUUGCGAUUGGCCCGACCGAUGGCGAGGCAGGCUAUACCAAGCAAGAAGAGCUUUGGGAGCGUCUAUGGUGUAGCGAUCCGCCUGUAUGGAACAACCUUGUAGCAGAAGCGAUUGCAAACGGCGCGCGUCUUCAUCGUGUCUUGAGUGGAGGGGGAGGUUGGGGCAAGAAAGCAGGCUUAUUAUCGUUAGAUCCUGUACCAGCCAAUCAGUCUACCAUCUCAUCGGGCGAUGCACUGCUAGAAAUGGUUGAUGAUCCGAAAGAUUUCGAAUCGACCCUUACACCAGUCGUGCGAGCCGGAGAAUCCAUACAGUUCUUUAUCUCACCAAAGUCAGACCUGUCUCAGGAAGCCAGCCAGUCGGAUAGCCUCGAGAAGCUUCGUUUGAUUCCUCAGACGAUAGAUGACCAUACUUGGGGCUGGGAAAUAGGAACAAUUCCAAGUACAAUGGACUCGAUACCUGGAGCUUCAUGGCAGCAUCGUCCAUUCCAAAAGGACGAUAAAUCCGUCAUGUUCAGAGGUGGCUUCGGUGCCUUAACCGAGGGGGGUUUGACACUGACGCAGCACUCUGUGAGACCAAACGAAGACAAUUCUCUCGCUGUCAACACUACCAUGGUCGAUGUUCCAUUUUCCCGCUUUUGGGCAGUCAAUCUGCCAAAGAUCAUGUCGAAGAGGGUGAAGGUGGGCCUCAAAUAG